CUCAUCACCACCCUCACGUAUCGGCCAGCCUCUGCACUUGCCCAAAUAUAAACUAACUUACUUGGCAGUGCGUCAGAUUGAAAUGGGGAGGAGCUUCCCAGGGAGAGUUCAACUUAGGACGGACUGAAGGACGAACACGCAGGGAGGAGGAAUUGCAGGAAAAAUAAGAGAACGCCGAGGCUUCACUGACCACAGCCCCCCCGGAAAACACCAGGACCUGGAAGAUCCUGACCUUCGUUUUGGCCGUCCCGGGCGUGGCCGUCUGCAUGGCCAACGUCUACAUGAAGAUGCAGGCGCACUCCCACCAGCAGCCCGAGUUCGUGCCCUACCCCCACCUGCGCAUCCGCACCAAGAAAUUCCCCUGGGGCGACGGGAACCACUCUCUGUUCCACAACGCGCACGCCAACGCGCUCCCCGACGGCUUCGAGGGCUCCGACCACUGAGAGCACGGCUGAUUCUCCUCCGGUUGGCCCACCCCCGCUGAGCUCCUGCUCUCUGCUGUCCGAUGGGGGGGGCUCAAAGCCCCGGGAAUAAAGCCACUUUUCGUUUGC